CUUCUGUGACCGCUGUGAGGAGUGGUUCCUGGGUGUUUCUGAGGCUCGAGGGCAGCCCUUGGAGAAGAACAGGGAUCCAGCACAAGGGGACUGCAGAAGCCACCGAUGACCAGGAGCCUGGGCGCAGACCCAGAGGUGCUGACGACAUAGAACGCAGGAGCAGCGGGCCAGGCACGCAGAGUGCCUGUGCCAAGCAGGGGAGCCAGGGCGGAAGUGAGGAGACUUCAAGCUGCAGCGGUGAGAAGCCCACAAGGACGGCCCUGCCUGCCUUGAGUCACCACGUCCAAAUCCGCUCCUUGGGUUGGUCAUCAGUGAGAAACAGAAACACCUUCCAGAGCCUGUGGAGCUGGACAGAAUACAUGAGAAGGCCCCCCUGGACACGCCAGGCCGUCACCGCCUCCCUGCAGCCCCAUGGUCCAAGAGGAAGCCCCCGAAAAGCCAGCCCUCUUCUGCAGCUGUGGGGACCCCAGCAGCUCUGCUGCCUCUCUCUGAGGCCCCUGUUUGGAAAACACUCUCCCCAGGGGCCACCUACAGCAUCACCACUCCUGCCACAGCAGUGCCAGCUCCUGAGGCAGCUUCACCUGUCCCUUCGAGGCCUACGAACCCAGCCUCGCCACUGCGGUUCCUCCUGCAGACUCUUCAAGGGGAGCUCCUCCCCGGCGCCUCCUCCCCAUGACCUUGCUGGCCCGACCCCACCUCCCCAGCAGGACGGCAAAGCCAAGGGCCAGGCUGGGCUGUCAGGAGCACUUGUCCUCGAUCCCAUUGUCCAGCAGUUUGGCCACUUCAUAAGCAGUGACGCUCAGGAGGAGGAGAAAGAUGACAGGCCCUAUGACCCAGAGGAGGGGUACGAUGUGGAGCGAGCCUCUGACACCCCAAAGUGGCGGGGUGUGAAAACCAUGCCUGGUGCUGCAGAGCAGGCUGAGGUGGCCUAUGACCCGGAAGACGAGACCUUUCUGGAGGUGGCCAGGGAGACCGUCGCUGACCUGCCCAACGUAAUGUGCACAGACCUGGGCAGCAGCUCCCAAGAGAGGCCUGGGGACCACAGGGAACGUGGGCCUCCUCCCGCUCAGCAAGGGCACCAGGAAAUUGGGGAGGAGCUGAAGUCUCUGCUGGCUAGAAGACAGCGCUUCCCCAGUCAAGGACCCCAGGACUACUCACACUUGGGAUGCAAUAGAGACCCCAGCAGAAAGCAGCAAGCCUGAGACUCUCGCCAGGGCCCUGGCAGGCAGCACACAGGGUGCUUCCCUCGCACACAGCCGGCUAGGUGCCUUGGCAGCCCAGGGACCGGGGCAUCUGGUGCCCGAGCUGCAGGGAGCAGGCUGCACUCAUGACCAUGCAGCAGUCACAGUCAACUCCAGCGGCCCCCAGGGAGCACCCGUGGCUCAGCAGCUGGAGGCAGCAUGGCUGACCUGAGCAGACAGCACCACCGUCCCGAUUUUUCAGUGCCUCCGAGCACCCGCACUCAGCCCAGGCUGCAUCUCCAGAACAACACUCAAAAGGGGUCUGCCAUUCAGCCCCAGUCUCCUUCCUUCCUUCCUUCCUUCCUUCCUUCCUUCCUUCCUUCCUUCCUUCCUUCUUUCUGUAUCAGGAAUCAAACUCAGGACCUUUGUUUGCCAGGCAGGUGCUGUGCUGCUGAGCUAUAUCCCUGGCCUCUGUGACCUCUGUCCUGGCACAUUUGGGCCAGAAAAAAUGGUCAGGAGGUCAGGUGAGAGCAUAGCAGGAAGUGGGAUGAGGAGAAAAGCUCGGACAUAGGGGAAGGGAGGGACAGACAGACAAGGAUGGGCUGCAGCUUGGACUGGGUCCUUGACACCGAGAGGAAAGCUAUCUGGCGAGCAGAGUCAGAAUGGGCAGUUGCAAGAUGCAGCCGAGCUCCCUGCCGGACCGAAACACACGGUGCCUGCAGCCAGGUCCCAGGUCUCCAGCACGAGACUUCAGCAGCGCAGUCUGCUCCGCUCCCGAGCUCCCCGAGAGUGCAGCACUGCCAGGCUCCUCCAGUCGGUGUCUCCCACCCUUUCCAAGCCCUCCCCCAGCUGAUGCUGUGUGAGAUCCCACCCACAGAUCCCAGGCCUUUGCAUCGUUCCAGCAAAGAGCCGCAGGUGUACAUCAGAUGGCAAGAGGAAAAGCACGUGGUUACUGGAGAUGGCAGGAAGACUCGUGCAGGAGAGUCCGUGCCCGCAGAGAGAAAGGCGAUGUAAAUAGGAAGGUGGUGCUGGGACCCCAGGAAAAUAAAAGCACACAGACCAAUCAGGCUUUUGGAAUUUCAUAAAUGUGUGCCCCAGUCCGGUGCUCUCACUGGCUGGCCGGAGUAACUUCCAGAGUGCUGAGUGACCCCAGCACAUCACGAGCCCCUUGGCCAUCCUGGAGUGCGCUCUGGUUGAAGCACAUUCGUGCCGUCCACCCGCAGGGAACUUUAAUGAGGUCUUUGUGGAGGGGAAGUUACUGAAGUCAGGCUCCAAGCUCUGACACACGUCUCUGGCCUGGAGCUUUGUUAUUAUUUCUGCUUCUCCUAGCAUACUGGAAGGGCAGAUCGAACCGGGGGUGCAGCCCAAAUUCAGGUGAAUGGAGGGAGAGUGGUUUCUGGCCCCAACUGUGCUCCUUGUACUAUCCUGCUGAGAGACAUGGUCCCCAAAAAUCUUUAAGGGGUACAGAAGGAUAAAGGUCCAUCUUCUAUGACUGCUUCCUGCUGAGUAGGGGUGCUGGCCCUACCUGUGGAGACCGAGGCGCACUUGCUCUGUCUGAUCUAAGGGGCUGGAGGCCCUGUCUGCCUUGAAGGAUUUCUUGUCAAGCUGAGGGCACGGAGGUGGGUUCUGGGCUCUGGCCAUCACCAGUAGUGUAACAGCUAUCAAACAAGAACAAACAAGCUUGACCAAAAGGUUAAGUAGGUACAUCUAAACAGUAACCCUACAAGAAGCAUUGAUAAAUGUCCAUCCAGGAAAGUGACCAAGCUCUCCAGUUCCGAGACUGGGCAGAACACCCACACUCAGACACAGUGGUUCCUAGCAGAUCUGGGAAGCGCAGUCUGCUAGCUUCCAGCUGCAUCUCCACUGUUUCAGCCUGGCGGGCACAGGAACCGCACCCCACUUUAAGAGAAAUAACCCCUCUGCUCUGUCGAGGCUGGUCAGCUCAUCAGGCUGUCAGACCCUCGGCCACCAUCAACAUAGCAGACAUGGGCGAUGAGCUUUAAGGCUAUAAGCAAUGGCUGCUCAUUAUCUCCGUUAGAAGCACUUUCUUUUAAUUAUUCAGGAAGACCCCAAGACAGAGAAAAAGAGUGCUGUUAUAACCCAGGACAAGGACUCCAGUGUGGUGAACCAGAGUACCGAGGCUAGCUCUAAGGUUUACUUGGGGGAACAAAACCCACUUACCCGGUUCAGCACAGGGUUGGCGUUUUCUCUCUGGAAGAAGCUUGAAGGUGCACGCUGGUUCUCGGUGUAUGAGGCCUGAGUGCCUCCGCAUCUUUGGGCAUCUCAGCUGGCUUGGAUUUCACUGCUGGCCAGCUGUGCGGUCCUCGUAACCUUUUCCUUUCUGCUGCAGUGCAGUGAGAAACCAGAAGGACCAGACAUCUCAGCAGGCCAGACCGAAAGCUAUGGUUAGUGUAUGGAGACGUCAGCAAACCUUCAGGGUCCCCGUGAAACCUGCCCAGUCUUCCUUUGCGUUGCUGAAGAUCCAUAGGGGAAAAGGGGCUUGAGAAGGCAUCUGAGUAGUCAGGUGGGGUGGGGUGGAGGAGGCGUACCCCUAAAUGGGCCCCAUGGGCAGGAGGAGCUGUGGGAACCCAAUAGGCUUACCCCUGGGUCCAGCCGCCAGGGGGGACCUUACCGAGCCUCUCCUGCUGGGCCCCAGCCAGGCCUGAGCCGACGGGGAGGAACUCCCUGGGAUGGGGGUCAUAGAAGCCACACACAGCCUGCUCCCCGCCGGUCCCCUCAUGGGACUCUCUGGUCCUGGAAGCUGUCCAGGUCUCCCUGGUGCACUCAGCAGAGCUGUAUGCUCGGGGCCUUGUGAUGGCGCUGGUACUUUGGACCUCUGGACGCCUCCCUAGGACCACAGCCGCCACCUGCAGCAGGGCUGCUCUCCUGGCUGACGCUUUAAACCAAUUAUCAAGCCACCUAAAGUCACAGAAUAUCAGUCUGAAAGAGGAGCCGUGGCGCUUUUCUCAAUAAAACCCAAACCUGGCAAUGUUCUUGUAAAUGUGAGCCUUGCCUAAGAAACAGGCACUUUAACAGCUGAUAAUCUGCUACCUGCCAGUAGGU